AAAAUGGAAACUUCAAGAGACCGCGCAUAUUUAUAGUGAAACCAACUGCAGAGCCUUCCAACCUACAAAAUUUCUCUCUCUCACUCUCUUCUCUCUCUCUCUCUCUGGUGACUCAACAUGACAAAGCAAUGAUUGAAGAGCAAUUGCCGGCAAUUCUCAUGCCACUGUCCAGCACCUCCGACUGCGAGCUCCUCUGCGGGGAGGACUCGUCGGAGGUCCUCACCGGAGAUUUACCGGAAUGCUCCUCCGACCUGGAUUCAUCAUCAUCAUCGCAGUUGCCGUCGUCGUCAUUAUUUGCCGAGGAAGAGGAGGAGUCGAUUGCUGUUUUCAUCGAGCACGAGUUCAAGUUUGUUCCUGGUUUCGACUACGUCUCAAGAUUCCAAUCUCGCUCUCUCGAAUCCAGCACCAGAGAAGAAGCCAUUGCAUGGAUUCUCAAGGUACAUGAGUAUUAUGGAUUUCAGCCGUUAACGGCGUACCUCUCCGUUAACUAUAUGGAUCGGUUUUUGGAUUCUCGACCUUUACCGGAAUCAAAUGGAUGGCCACUGCAACUUUUAUCUGUUGCAUGUUUGUCUUUAGCAGCAAAGAUGGAGGAACCACUGGUUCCUUCUCUCUUAGACUUUCAGAUUGAAGGUGCCAAAUACAUAUUUCAACCAAGGACGAUUCUUAGAAUGGAGCUGCUUGUUCUGACUAUUUUGGAUUGGAGGCUGAGAUCAAUCACCCCACUUAGUUUCCUCAGUUUCUUUGCGUGCAAGCUAGAUUCAACUGGAACUUUCACCCACUUCAUAAUUUCACGUGCUACAGAAAUCAUCUUAUCUAAUAUCCAAGAUGCUAGCUUUCUUACUUACAGGCCAUCAUGCAUUGCUGCAGCUGCCAUACUCUCUGCAGCUAAUGAAAUUCCUAAUUGGUCUUUUGUUAAUCCUGAGCAUGCUGAAUCAUGGUGUGAAGGACUAAGCAAAGAAAAAAUUAUAGGGUGCUAUGAAUUGAUUCAAGAAAUUGUAAGUAGCAAUAACCAAAGAAAUGCCCCUAAAGUGUUGCCACAGUUGCGAGUUACAGCUCGGACCAGAAGGUGGUCCACUGUCUCGUCGUCGUCAUCAUCUCCAUCUUCCUCCUCUUCACCCUCUUUCUCGUUGUCUUAUAAAAAGAGGAAAUUAAAUAGCUGUUUCUGGGUAGAUGUUGACAAAGGAAACUCAGAGUGAAGAGAAAAGAAACAAACAAGAAUAAUAAUAAUAAAGGAACAAGAGGAAAUAAGGUGGGCCAGGUUGUCUAGAAACCUCAACAUUUUUAAGAGGGUUUUUGCAAUGAAAAUUUGACUAUAUGUUGUAUGUAUGUAUGAGAGUUUGAUGGUUUUGGCGAGUACUAGUAGUAGUACUCCUUUUUAAUUGUUAUUUUUCAUUUUUAUCUUUUUGGUGUAACUGUAUCCCCUAGAGGAAGGGGAUCUUGGAACACACAUUUAUUGAUGUAUAGGUGAGAGAGAGAAGCAUUUGAUGUGGUAGUAAUUGUUGGGGAUAUGAAUUCAAAGGUUGCAUUGAUCAUAGGUGAAAGAUGGUGGGGGCAAUGGUCUAGAAACAGUGAAGAAAAAACAGAGAGCAGGUAUCAAAAUCAAGACCUUUGGGGAUGAAAACUCUGAAGUUAUGAGCUGUUUUUGACUUGUCAUGGGAAAGACAUUUAUGAGUGAAGUUUCUUUUCUUGGCGCCAAGCAAUAACAUCACACACUUUCCUUUGAAGGGAUACCCUCAAUAAUAAGCAACAUAAAUGAGUUAAAGUUGGCCAUAUUUCAUGGACUUUUCUGAUGGUACGUGUGAAGAUGGCUUUGGCACGUACCAAUCAUGUGUGUUUGUGUGAUUUUUUGUUUGUUUUUGGGAGCUGUUUAUUUUCUGAUCCUUUUUUUGGCCAUGAGGUUUGGCCUAACUAUACAGGACUUCAAUGUUUGGUGUCCAACGCGUGUGAUGGGAAACACGUGUAUAUAGUUUUUUUUUAUACUAUACUUUUACAUUUUUUUAUUGGUUUUUGAAAAAAGAGUUGAACUCUCUUUUCAUAGUGGCCUAAUUGGCUUUGAAAAUGGAGGUGAAAAGGUCUUUGGGGCCUUCUCCUCUGUGCUGUGUAUUGAUUUGAAUUCAAUAAUAAUAUCAUUAUGGAAUUCAAUGCAUUUAUGAUUUUUCA